AUGUCCUCCUCUUCCUCGAUUUCUGAGGUCUCUACUGCUCCAUCGUCUCCGCUCCCUAUGGAGAUCCAUACUUCGUACCUUAUCCUCGGCAAUGCAGGUCUUCUGGCGGGUGUCAGUGAUAAAAUCAAUGGAGAGGACACGAUCCUCUUCCUGACGGGCACUGGCACCUGCAACGAAGUUGCCGCCUUGAUGGACCAAGCAAACGAAGUGUUGGACGUUGACAUAGCCAAGAGACGGUGGGACGAUGAAAGGCUCGAUGGCUCUGGUGUCUGUUUUCGCUCGAACUCUGAGCACAUCCCUACUGCCGAGGGCAUGACUCAUAUUGACGUGACUGCACUGAGCGUGGCCUCAGACGACAUCCCACCCGAGAUCGCCCUGACCCUAUUCACCAAGGCCCGCCUCCGCGCGCUGGUCGCGCUUUUCUCCUCCUCGCCGAGCGGCACUCUGCACCUCUAUGUCCUCACGCGCCCACCCUUCGUCUUUCCCGCGCUCUCUACCUUGCGUCCGGCUCCGCUGAACCCGACAGCGACUCACUUUGGUAUCCCAUCAGCGCAAGAGUUCCGGGACCUCUGGAAGGCGUGGGACUGCGUCACGCUAGGAAUGAUCCCCCGCGCGAUGCUCCAUGAGAAGCCGAUCGACUUGAGACACAAGUGUUUGUUUUAUUUGGGCCAUAUUCCAACGUUCUUGGAUAUGCUGUUGAGCAACUUGCUGAACGAGCCGAACACCGAGCCGAAGCGGUUUACGAUGAUCUUUGAGCGCGGGAUCGACCCCCACGUCGACGAUCCGGAGCACUGUCAUCGCCAUUCGGAGGUCCCGACGAGGGACGAGGACUGGCCUAGUCUCACGGAGGUCCUUGAGUUCCGCGAUCGCGUGCGCGCGCGCGUUUUGCGCCUCUUCGAGGACCUCGAGAACGGGACACGUACCAUCACACGGAGGAUUGCGCGCGUGCUGGUCAUGACGCUCGAGCACGAAGGGUUCCACAUCGAGACGCUACUCUACAUGCUCAUCCAACGCGCCGGCACAGGCACGCUCCCCCCGCCUGGAUUUACACCGCCCCCGUUUGCUGCCCUCGCAAAACAGUGGGCUGCGUACACGCCGCCUGCAACUCCGACCGUCACGCUCGGUCCCACCCAGCUGGUCCUGGGGCACGACGACCCCGAGUCGGACGACCUCCUUCCCGAACUCGCGGGCGACGUCUUCGGGCGCGCGUACGGGUGGGACAACGAGAGCCCCGCGCGCACCGUGGCCGUCGGCGCGUUCCGUGUCGAGUGGCGGCCCGUCACGAACGGGGAGUACGAGGCGUGGUGGCGCGCAGAGGGCGCGCGGCGCCCACCGCCGCCGAGCUGGGUCGUGCAUGGGUCCGAGGCGCGCGUGCGCACGUUCUUUGGGAACGUCGGGAUGGACGUUGCGCGGCAUUGGCCGGUGAUGGCGGCGUACGACGACUUGCGGGACUAUGCGCACGCGAAGGGGGGCAGGAUCCCGACGGAGAGCGAGUUGAGGCUGUUUUUGGAUACGUACGAAGUGGGGUAUGAGGGGGGUGCGAACGUGGGGUUCAGGAACUGGCAUUGUGUCCCAGCGACGGCAGGCGGGGAGAAGGACGGUGGCAGAGGUUCGAAUGGUGGAGUGUGGGAGUGGACCUCUGACCUUUUUGAUACACACGACGGCUUCGACCCGACGACUAUCUUCCCUGGAUACUCGACCGAUUUCUUUGACACCAAGCACCACACUGUCCUCGGAGCCUCUUAUGCGACUAUUCCUCGUCUUGCGGGUCGUCGCACUGUGAGGAACUUCUAUCAACACAACUACCCUUACCCGUGGGUUGGUGCCCGAGUCGCGUAUGACGUCUAGAUUUGCAUCGGGUUCGGACUCGGACUCGGACUCGUCGCGCAUAUUAACGUUCUCGAUCUUGUGUAAUUGUAUACGUUUCCAUGCACUGUUUUUUUGUUAUAUGUCUUAUUUAGGGCUCUCUCUGUAUGCACUCGAUGCAGGCAGCUCACAUGAUGCUGAUCAUGUCCUUGUUUUUACGCAACUUCUCGCGAAGUUCGCGCUUGUAUAGGAAUUUAAACAGCAUUACCUGCCCUUCUGCUGCC